ACCGGAAUGAGGUUUGUAGAUAAUUAUGCUAACACGUGUGAGCAUAUCAGCUUGUAUGAUUGCCACAUUACCAUGAGAGCUUCCAACAUGAUAAAGCAAAAAAAAACUUAGAACGGAAAGAACAAGAAAAACCAUUGUGAAGCAAAGUCCUUCAUGCAUGGAUUCAAUCAACAAGAUCAUCAACUUUGUGUUUCCUCUUUUAACCUUGUAUGCACUUCUUGUCUUCUAUCCAACUUACCAGAGGGUCAAAUCUGCGUUCUCCAUCUACCGAAAUCUGUUCUCGGAAAAUGUCGCCGGAAAAGUUGUUCUCAUCACCGGAGCAGCUUCCGGCAUCGGCGAGGCUUUAGCGUAUGAGUACGGGAAGAGAGGAGCGUACUUAGCACUUGUUGACAUAAGAGACGAAGCUCUCUUCCAUGUCGCGGCUCUAGCUGAGCUCUAUGGCUCCCCUGAAGUCAUCCCCAUCGUCGCCGAUGUUUCCAAACUAGAAGAUUGCGAGCGUUUUAUCCGAGCCACGGUUCUUCAUUUUGGCCGAUGUAAGUCAAUAAGUAUAAUGACAUUCUAA